AUGAAACGAAUAAGUCUACCCGACUCUCACGAGUGUCUCAGGAUAUGCAAAUGGACUGACAUCUCGAUACAGGACUAUGAGAUACACGACCCGGAUCUGACCGAACUCGGCCGAAAUCAGAGCAAGGAGCUCCGGGAGAAGCUCAUCCAGACCCUGCCCGGCCAACUGGAUGUCGGCCUCAUUCUCGUCAGCCCGAUGAGGAGGACAUGCCAGACCGCCCUCAUUGCUCUAGACUGGUUGAUCGAGCAGGGUGUGCCGAUACAGGCCCAUGCCGGCUGGCAAGUUCGAGCAGACGUGAACAUAUGCUCCCUUAACCCCACCCUUCACAGACAAAGAGCUGCAGCUGACAUGCAUACCCUCUUAGAAAACUCAUCAAAACCCUGCGACACGGGCUCCGACCUCGAGUCACUCAAGAAGGAAUUCCCCGCCAUCGACUUCUCCCACGUCGACCCGGUCUACCCGGACAAGACCUCCUCCGCGGGCGCCCACUACGCCUUCACCCGCAAGGCCCUGCUCAACCGCGCCCAGACCUGCGUCCGCGAGCUCGACGGCCGGCCCGAGAAGGCCGUCGUCGUCGUCUCGCACUCGGGCUUCCUGCGCCAGGCCAUGACGGGCUGCUUCUGGUUCAACGCCGACUACCGCAUCUUUGACAUCAAGGAGGACGGCGAUACGAAAGACAACUUUGUCCUGGAGCAGUGGGAGCAGACGGCCAAGAGCGGCGGCGGCAUGGGCUGGAGCUGGCCCGACAUGGUGGAAAUUGGCGACGGACUGCCUGUCCCGGAUGAGGUGCCGCCUCAGUAG